UUUGGCCCAGACUCUCCUCCUGCCCACAUGUGAAGACAUGAAACCAACAGACUGAAACACAGACCUGGUCCCGGUCUGAGUCACUAGCACACACAGGGGACUGCAUCCUGAUUGGACUCACAGGUACGAGUUCACCUGUGUCUCACCUGGUAUCAGAACUGCAGACAGACGCUGAGAAAAAGAUCCAGCAUGGCAGUCUCUGAGGAGAACCUGGAUGACUACAGUGUUUACAGUGAGCUGUCUGAUGAAGAGCUGUUAGAGAUCGCUAUAGAGAGGAGUCUCUCUGACAGACAUCUUCCUCCAGACUCUGAUCAGAGCACAUCAUCCUUAGCCCCCCCCACCCAACUAAACAAACCCCUGACCCUGACACUGACUCAACCAACCAGACAGAGACCUCCUGACCCCCCCAGACACCAGUACCACAGCCCUCCAUCCCAACCAGAGCCCCCAUAUGUCCCAGGCCUACCCCACUUCCUCUACAAAACCCUUAAAAGAGAGCUCAGUCCUCUGCAGACUCUGAUUAUAAACGGAGAUACAGAGGCUUUGAUGGAUUUGGUCAGACAGCAGUCCAGCAGUCUGACGGAGCCCAACAAGGAAGGCUGGAUUGCUCUUCAUGAAGCUGCUUAUUAUGGACAGCUGCAGUGUGUCAGUAUCCUCGUCAGCGCUCAUCCCGACUCAGUCAACAGAUGCAGUUCAAAGAAUCAGACCGCUCUGCUGCUGGCUGUUGGUCGAGGAAAUGUUUCCUGUGUCGACUUUCUCCUGAAGCAUGGAGCCGACCCGGACAUCGCCACCAAGGACCGAGAGACGCCACUGUUCAUAGCCUGCGAACAUACGAACAAAGCCGCUGUAGAUCUUCUGCUGAGGUCUGGAGCUCAGGUGAAUCGCUCCUGCAGUCAGGGAGGAAGUGCUCUUCAUGAAGCAUGCAGACAUGGACAACUGGAGCUCUGCAGGGUGUUACUAGAGGCUGGAGCCUAUCUACACACCAGAAAUAUCUACGGCAUCCAACCGUUCUUCAUUGCUGCACAGCAUGGGCAUGCCGAUAUCAUCCACCUGCUUGCUAAGAGAGGUGCAGAUAUAAAUGGACAGGCACUGGAUGGAGCCUCGCCACUGUUUGAAGCCUGUAAGAACGGUCAUGUUUCCGCUGUGGAGGUGCUGCUUUCUCUGAAAGCUGAUGCUAACCGAUCCAUGAAGUCUGGCCUGCUGCCUCUUCAUGUGGCUGUUCAGAAUAAUCACACACGGUCUGGAAUUUGGCUAAUUGUGUUGAUGCUGAUCCCAAUGACCAGUAGUGUCAGAGUCAGGAACAGUGGCAUCAGUCCUCUGCACCUUGCUGCACAGAAGAACAGGGAUGACAUCAUAGAGCUGCUUAUCAAAUCUGGCUUCGACGUCAAUGCCAAGCUGUCAGAGGAACGCUCAAGCAUGUACGAGGACCGGCGGAGCACGGCGCUGUACUUUUCCGUCUACAAUGGGAACCUGGAGGCCACCGAGAUGCUGCUGGAGGCGGGAGCCAACCCCAACCUGGAUGUCUUCAACCCGCUGCUUAUUGCUGUUCGGCUAGGCUGGAUGGACAUGGCAGCGGUGCUGCUGAAGUAUGGUGCCAACGUCAAUGCUCAGAUCUCUACCCAGCCGUCCUCAUUCCCGUCGGCCAUCCUGCUCAGCAUAGAGUGUCUGCCCAUGCUCAAACUACUGCUAGACAAUGGCUGUGAUGCCCAGCCCUGCUUUGACUGCCCGUAUGGCCAAAAACCACAUCCGGCCAUCAUACCAUCACGCCGCCCGAUAGAAGAAAUGCAGGUCAACGAAGAUGAACCACCACAGCGCAGCAUUCUGUUCUGCGAGGCCAUCUACUGCUCAACUUUCUGCUAUGUAGCCGGUCCGAUCCUCUCAAUGAUGCUGGACUAUGUCAGUCAAGUCCACCUCUGCUCGCGGCUGCUGGAGGUUCUGGAGAGUCGCAGCGACUGGGCACCAAUCAAACUGAAAGCUCUUCAUCCUCAGCCUCUGAUGCAGCUCUGCAGGUUGAGGAUCAGACGUCUGGCCGGGGUCCAGAGACUCAAACUGCUCCACAAUCUGCCACUUCCUGUCAGACUGAUCCGCUUCCUGGUCUACAACGUCCACUGCUCACUCACCUGAAAUCACCUGUUACACAAAUGUUAUGUUUGUGGAGCUGGAAGGUCUGUGAGGAAUUUGGACCACUGUAGCCAGAGAUGGGCAGUAUUUCAAUUUAAUGUAUUUAAAA